AAGCACAUGUACUUCGGGUAACGGUAAAAGUCGAAACGGAACAAACGGACGGAAAUUCGUCUAAUUCUAUAAAAGGAGAUGCAAAAUACGAAAUUUUCUCCGCGGUUUAAAAACGGAUUCUAAAAUAGAUAGGACGAAUUCUUUACGGUCUAAAGACAUUCUUUAAACUGUUUUUUGGGAGGAAUUUAAAUUAUAUUAUUAAGAUUUAUAAUGGAUUGUGGAGUGGUUCAAAGUAAUUGGAGGGCCAAAGAGAAUAAAAAUAUAAAAGAUUGUGUUCAAUGGUGUUUGGGUAACCAAAGUUCUGAUGUGGAAGAUGCAGUCCAAGUUGAAAACUGCAUCAUGCUAGAACCAAUGGAUGAUGAUGCUUCCGGCUUGUUUGCUUCUCCCGCUUGUCAGUUAUUGUUGACUUGUCCCGAGAAUUUCGAAAUGAAAAACAUUUCUAUACUCUCCGAAGCACGAAUAAUUGAGGUGUUCGGUCAUCACGGCGAAUAUUUAAAAACCUGUAGGAGCGAUCUCAUCGAGGAAGUGGACGAUAUGGCCGUUUUCAGAACCGAAAUCAUAUUUGACAAGGCUUUAACUGUUUGUUCUCUUAAAUUCACGUCAUUAAAAUCUAAGAAGUCCAUGUGGUUAUACGGAGUGAGAGUCAUCCUUCAUCCGAUGAUUGCGCCGCAGAUUGGUAGUAAGAUACCGCUCGAAAACGUCAACUUUCGUCUCGGUAAUAUGGGAUCGAAAUUAAGCGAGAGAGCGGAAGCGUUUAAACAGAUGGUUGGGAAUUAUCAGUCGGCGCAGAAUCUCGGAAACGUAGAUUAUUCGACUCUCGCUCCCAUGUUUCAGAUGUUAAAUAUGUUUAAUGUGACGCCGAAAUCUCCGAACGAGAGAGAAUUUAUUGGAGAUAGUAUACCGAGUUCCAGAAGUUCUGAUCAUGGCGAUUGGAGAAAACAGAAUCUUUUCAAAAAAUCUGCACAUACAGAGGAAUUGAAUGACAAUCUAAAUGAUAACAGAGAAAAAAUUUUAGAUGCUAACAGCAAUUUAGAAGGAAAUGUUGCAGCUAAUAUAAAUAAUUUAAAGCAAGAAACCACAACAGAAGAAAAUUUGGUGCAAGAGAAAAAUAGACAAGAUAUUUUAAUCAGUCAGCUGGAAGAGAGAAAUUUAGAAGCCAUUUCAAAAUUAAUAGAAAAAUCAAAUGAACAAAUUGAAAAACAAUUAGAACAAUUUCAAAAUAAACUUUGGGAAAAAACAGAGAAACGACUACAAGAAUUGGAACAAAAGAUUCUCUGCAAACUUGAUGAAAUCUUAACCUUUAUCAAACCUCAUGGAGUUUCUAGAUGAGAUGGUCAUCAAUUGAAAAGUUUGGAUUAACUUGGUAAAGUUUGUAGUAGUUUAUUUUGCUGUGAAUAUCAGUAUAAUUAUAAUAAUUUUCUUUCUGUGUUAAUUCUUUCCAUUCAUCACUUCAAGAAAUCAAUGCUUCUAUUUAACAGAAAUAUACAUUACAAUUUUAAUUUUAAUAUUUCCAAUUCAGUAAAAUGUGACUUAUGGAAGUACAUACUUUAACCCAUAAAGAAAAUUGAUUUGUGUGCUAAAUAUUUGUGAAGGAUGAUUUGCAUCAAUCAAAAAAUAGAUCUUAUACCUGAUCCUUUUAAAGAAGUAAAUUAAAGUUCUAGAGAUAAUCAAAAAACAUCAUUCUUCAAUGAGAAAAGAUACAUCUAAAUCAUUUUUAUUUAUAUUGAAAGGGGUUCAGUCUCUAAGAACUGCUUGUAGUUGAUCUUGAUCAUCCUAUAUUCAUAGUAAA